AUAUAUUAAUACGGCGAACAACCGAGAUAUUUUCAUGAACAAUUAUUGCAUCUUUGGAAGUUAUAGAAUUCGUAGAGAAAUGGUGGUCCAGAUUACAACAGAUUGUGUUGAGGAAAUCCUAAAGUUCCUGGCUAAUGACGUAAAGACAUUGCAUUCCUGCUUAUUGGUAAACAGGUCAUGGUGUCGUCUUACUGUUCCGAUUUUGUGGUGUAACCCGUGGAAAUAUAAAUCAGAGAUUGGAGAGGAAAAAUUCAAUCAGACGAUGACCAUGAUAUUAUUGUCAUUUAUACCUGCGGAUACGAGAGAGAUGUUACGACAACAUUACAGGAACGCGGUUAUUGAUUUUCCCCCGGCACGAACUCCUCUGUUUGAAUAUACCUCAUACUGCCAAUAUCUCCCAAGAUGUGACAUAAGACAACUUUGGAAUGAAAUAGAGAAGAGAAACGGAUUAGCUUACUCAAUUCCAGAUUACGUUAGAUAUUUCUACAUAAAGCACAUUUAUAAGAUGUUCAUCAACUCUAGCUCGAACCUUAAACAUCUGGAGCUUCCACAGCAUAUGCGGCUCAUAGAUUUUCUUGGGUGUCGAGAGGGAUUAAGUCAACUUCACGUGUUAGAAUGUAACGCAAAUCAUGACAGUGCAUCGUUUUUUGAGAUCGCGGAAAUUUGUAGAAACCUUCAAAAGUUAAUUGUGGAUUGUGAUCAGGACAAUGAAGGCCUGGCGAUGUUAAUUAGAAAACAACAUGGGUUAGAAUAUCUUGAGAUAGCAUCUUUGGAGGGAUGUGAGUGUCCAAUUAUUGGCGUGGCCUUGAAAAGUCAAGGUGCUACACUGGCACACAUUCGACUUGGGUUUCUGGCGUGUAUUUCACCAUCACUACUAUGCUCAUUUGUUAACCUUAAGACCCUACAAUUUGAUCUGAUUGACCUUGGAGCUUCAUAUGUCAAGGAGAUAUUAGAAAAUGCAAACUUCCCAUACCUCGAAAUACUUGAUAUAUUUGGUAUCAACUGCGAAGUUCAUAUAAACCUUUUCACGAGAUUAAUUGAACAAACGCAGAGCACCCUUCAAAGACUAUAUUGGAAUGAAGUGACCAAACCUAGCGAAGAUGACUUGAGACUUUACCUUGAAGUAAUAGCGCACAAUUGCCCGAAUAUGAAGUUUAUCACAAUUCCUUACAUGAAUCAGAUGAUUGACCUUUUUGGUGAGAUGUUAGUUUCGUGUCAGAGAUUAGAAGGUAUUAAAAUGGUCGUUUUCGAGGCGGUGGAUGAAAUUUCGGUGUUUCACGUAUUGGGCAUGAAAGCAUCAAAGAAAGUAACACUGAUAAAUCUAUCAGAAGGCUGGUGGUUUUCGCAUUCAAAUUUGGAAGAAUUUUUCUCACUUUGGCGGGGGAGGAAACCAAUGACUUUUAUCUGUCCAAAAGUCACAAUGCAAGAUCAAGAGGAAAUUAUUGAAGUCGUUCAAAAGUAUUUGAGAGAGGGAGUAAUAAAAGAAUUUAUUGACAUAGCAUUUGAUAUGAACCACAUUCGUUGGAUCAAAGACUCAUGGAGAAUAG